AGGAAACAAAGAAGAGAAAUAUUAAUAUCUACGUAUAGUUUUGUAAAACUUGUUUGUAGACGUAGCAUUCCUCAAAUUUGUGAUUUACCCCUAUAUUUACGUUAUAUUAAUUUCGUUUGCAACUGUGACCGGAAAACACACCUACCUAGCUUAUCCUAUCUCAAAAUCCCCUCUCUCUCUCUCUUUCUCUCUCUCUCUCUCUCUCAAUGGUGUUAAUGGCAAGAAGAAUAACGUCGAGCUUCCCUUCUGGAGUCAUGGUCACCUUGAUUGCUACUCUACUCCUACUCCAAGUCCCUCAAACUUUUUGCCUUACGACAUUAUAUGGUAAUGAUCACUACUGUAAUCCUUCUUCCAUUACUCCUUCAUCCUGCGCCAAUCACAGCAUAAGAUAUCCAUUUCGACUAAAAGGCGAAGCCACAAAUUGCAGUGCCAGAACUUAUGAGCUCUCAUGCGAGAGCAACCAUACAUUGCUGCUCCACUCUGAUCUUGUUGGAAAAUACUACGUGCAGCAAAUCAAUUACCAUAAGCAAACGAUCCGACUGGUAGACUCUGAAAUUCAGGAGGAUAAUUUCUCCUUCAUCCCUCGUUUUAUUGUAAACUACAGAAAUUUGAGUCGGCUGGGCUAUUAUUGGUAUGGUACUACUACAAAGGGCGUGGCUAUUGUGAACUGUGAGAAACCAGUCAUGAGUUCUACUUCCUAUUUGCUUUUGGAAACGUCUUCUUCGACAUGCUCUAAUAAUAAUAGUAAUGGAACUGCGUCUUCUUCUAAAAUAUCCGAAUAUUCCAAACGCUAUACAUAUGUCAAAGUCGGCAAAACGAAAGCGGGGGAUGUGGAGGGUUCCUGCAAAAUAGAGCAAAUGUUUCUGACAUCAUGGCCAGGACCAAAUGCUCAUGACAGUAACAUUACUAUUUCCUGUGCAGACCUCCGCAAUGUAUUCUUAUCUGGUUUUGAGCUUCGAUGGUUCAAUUACAGUACUAUUGGAACCUUCAUGAUCUUGAUCAGAGUAGGAUAUACAUUACUUAGCUAUAUGGGACUCUGGCGUGGAGCCCUAACUGUGUUAGGCACUCCAUUUGUUGUUGCGUUUUUGAUAUAUAAAUGGCGAAGGAGGCAUUUGUCAAUGUAUGAUGCCAUUGAAGAAUUUCUUCAAAACCACAAUAACCUUAUGACAAUAAGGUACUCUUUCUCAGAAAUUAAGAAGAUGACAAAAAACUUCAAGGAAAAAUUGGGUGAAGGAGGCUAUGGCACAGUAUUUAAAGGAACUCUUCGUAGUGGACGUCAUGUAGCUGUAAAAAUGUUAGGCAAGUCCAAAGCAAAUGGACAAGAAUUUACCAAUGAAAUGGCAACCAUUGGAAGGAUUCAUCAUGUUAAUGUAGUUCAACUAAUUGGCUUUUGCGUUCAUGGAUCAAAGCGUGCUCUUGUAUAUGAGUUCAUGCCACAUGGGUCUCUAAACAAACACAUAUUUUCCUUGGAAGGAAGUAUCGUCCUAAGCUGUGAGAAAACAUAUAAUAUUGCUCUAGGGGUGGCUCGUGGAAUUGAAUAUUUACAUCGAGGAUGUGACAUGCAAAUUCUGCAUUUCGAUAUCAAACCUCAUAACAUCCUUCUUGAUGAGAAUUUUAUCCCUAAGGUUUCUGACUUUGGCUUAGCAAAAUUAUACCCAAUAGAAAACAAUACUAUUUGUUUGACUGCUGCAAGAGGGACAUUGGGAUAUAUGGCUCCUGAGUUGUUCUACAAAAAUAUUGGAAGUAUUUCAUAUAAGGCCGAUGUUUAUAGUUUUGGAAUGCUCUUGAUGGAAAUGGUAGGCAAAAGAAAGAAUUUGAAUGCUUUUGCAGAACAUUCAAGUCAGAUUUACUUUCCAACCUGGGUGUAUGAUCAAUUCAACGAAGAAAAAGACAUUGAAAUGGGAUGUGCCUCGGAAGAGGAAAAGAAUAUGGCUAAGAAGAUGAUCAUUGUUGCAUUAUGGUGCAUACAGAUGAACCCUGGUAAUCGUCCUUCAAUGAAUAAGGUUAUAGAAAUGCUUGAAGGAGAAAUUGAGCAAUUAAAAAUACCUCCCAAGCGUCCUCUAUCAUCGCCAGAAAGAGUGACAAAAGAUUGUGAAGAUAAUUCAAGCCAAACGUGGAUAUCAACGCAAUCAGGUGAAUGAACUUAGUAAAGGAAAAGCUAGCACCCAAGUUUGAUAGGGACUACUAUCUUCUCAUGUUUGGUUGUAUAAAGGAUAUUUCAUAUUUAUAUGUAACCUUUACUGUUAUGAUAUUUCUCACACUAAUUAACUAGUAAAUUAAAUUUCAAUUUGUGAACUUA